GUUUUAAAUAUAACUAAAAAAGUAAAUAAACAAUUGUUAACAAAAUAGAAACAGUAAACAACAUGAAGAAACCAACCGAUUUGGAAUCAAGGAUCCUCGAAAUACUUGACAGUAACAUUAGAUUAAUUCAGUAUUCGGUGUACACCGUGGGUUUGAUUGGUCUGGCAAUCAUUGCCAGAAGUACCCAUAUCUUUAAUAAGUUUACAUCAGCUAAAAGUGUUCCGAGAGAAUUCAUUAGAAAAGCAGUGAAGUUGCAGGGGAAAGUAAAUGGAAUUGAAUAUUGCCAGCUUCCUCUUCAACAAGUGGAAGGACAUCAGCCAAACUAUGCCCUUAGAUUUAAUGUUGAGCACAUCCCAAUUGCACGACUAUUGCCAUGGAAAGACAGAAAGGCCCUGGAGAAAUCUUUCUUGUUGGACAUUGAAUUAGUUGGAGUACACCUGACUACUCUUGAAGGAGUAGAUAAUCUAAUCAAGAUUCCUGUAGAAUCAAAUCCCACAAUUUGGUUUAGGCUGUAUGGUUUGAACUGUGAGACAAAUCACAUAUAUGCUUCUAUUUUCUUAAAAAGGGCAUGGUGGAAAUUCUGGGUUGAGAGAGAUCUUGCCUUGAUUAUUCUGAAACAGAACAAAGGAAUAGUUUCCCCAUACUUAACUAACAGCCAGCAUAUCUACUUUAACGAGAAAUAUCCUGCAUAUUACAGGAAGUUAUUGUACUGUGAAAUCAAGUACAGGAAAUUAUAAUUGAAACAGUGUAAGAGAAAUUAAAGUGUUCACUCAGAAAACCAAAACUACUUUGGCACUUAACUGCGCUUCAUCACCUUUCAUAAGGCAGUACUAAUAGAACCCUUUCGAAAUUCAAGCAGAGCCUUAAGGUCAUCUAUCUGUUUCUGGACUGCCCUUCGACUUGUUCCACCCGUGACUUGAUACUGCUCCACGCUGUGCUCGUAAUUCCAGAUGUUUGUAACGGAUGGAUCAUCAAAUACCGAGCUGAAAUUGCGUAAUAAGAUUUCUAGAACAUGCAACAUAGUUGCCACGUGUAAAUAAUGAUACGAAACCUGAUGGACUGCAAAUCUUCAAGAGUUAAUGCUGCAAUAUCUUUAUGCUGGGUCUCGGCCAUUGCUACAAUCUUUCCAACGGUUACGUGAGCAUCGCGAAAAGGCACCUGCAUGUGCAACAAACCGUUUUAUGCAUGGCAUGUGUAAUAAAAUUGUGUUUAUAUUUACGCCUCUUCGCACUAGAUGGUGAGGGUAAAAAAAUAGCCAACGUUCCGAGUAAGCGGCUUGCGAGAUUGUUUGUACCUUUAAAGUGGAAAGAAUCCCAGCAGCGACUUGAAGAGUACAGAACAAAUUGUCCACAACAUCAAACAGAGCCUCUUUAUCCUCUUGUAAGUCCUUGUUGUAGGCCGAUGGUAAUCCUUUUAGGACCAUAGAGAAACCUGCCAUCUGAAAAAAAGAAUUUCAAACUUGUAGACAAUAUGAUAAUCUUAUCAGGUAAUCUACCUGUCCAAAUAUUCUUCCAGCUUUAGCUCGAAUCAGUUCUAAUCCAUCUGGGUUUCUUUUUUGUGGCAUUAAACUGCUUCCUGUACUAUAUGCGUCCGCUGUGAACAAAACGAAUAAAUUGCAAAACAAUCAAA